ACUGUUCUUAGAAGGUCGUUUGUUUUGUGAAGAUUUCUUAUCUGGGAUCUCUCUCUUUCUCUCUCUACAAAAUCAAUAUUAAAAUAUUAAUUAGAAAUUAAAUAAGUAUAAUAUUUAAAUAUUCACAGUUGCAAGAAUUCUCUCUUUUUUUAUUUUAUUUCAUUUCUUCUCAUUCUCUCUCUCCCUUGCUAGCUUUUUUUUGUUUUCCCUCUCCGAGAGAGAGAGAGGCCCAGCAGAUCGAAAUCUCCCAAUAUUUAGUUAGAGUUUGGUGAGGAUCUAAGCUUCUUCAAUGGAGUUACCAAAACUUGCACUCCUUUGUACCAUUCCCCAAUAAUUACUGCUACCACUUUUUGCUCCUUUUUUAUUUUUAUUUUUUUUAUUUUGUUGGCUUCGUUUCUUACAGUGUGAAACCCUCUGAAUUUCACAUGAUUCCGAGUUCCUUUAUUCUCGGAAACACACCUCUAUGAUUUGGUAUUGUUGAGGAGUGGUGGUUUCAGGAUGUGGUGGGUAUGAGGAAUGGGAACGGAGAUGCACUGCAAGAGCUACUUCCCAGGAUUUUACAUGAUGAGGGACCUUAAUGAUGAUUCUAGCAAUAGUAGCUGGCCCUUAUAUUACGGGGAUAAGAUGGUGGCAAAUGGGCAGUAUUACAACGGAUUCUUGCAGAGGACUCUAGAAAAUGGUUACUCGGGGCAUGAGAAAGACACCUUGAAACAGAAAAUGCUUGAACACGAGGCAGUAUUUAAGAAUCAGGUUUUGGAACUCCAUCGUCUUUAUAGAAUUCAAAGGGACAUGAUGGAAGAGUUCAAAAGGAAUGGUGAUCGAGCAUCAGUGGAGCCGGCAUCAUCAUCAAGUCUUCAAGGACCUCAAGUGCCUUCAGAAGAAGCUCGAAAAUGGCAUAUGGCAGGUUUUCCUUUGUCGAAUUCUAGUUAUGGUAGAACAUCUGUUGCUGCAGCUGAAAAUUUUAGUUCUCCCACAACUUGCACAAAAGGGAACUCUACACAACCAGGUCGGCUUUCUUUCCCGAAUGGGUGCACCACAACGAACUCUGAAACAUUAGACUCACGACCGCUGAAGGUAAGGAAGAAGUUAUUUGAUCUUCAACUGCCAGCUGAUGAGUACGUAGAUCCCGAAGAAGAAGAAAAUUUGCAGGUGUACAAGAAAUCUGGUGUAUCAAGUUAUUCUCGUAACGGUGAUCCGAACAAUGGACCUGAAAGUGUUAUGAAGUUAUUCCUUGGUAGUCAUGCAGGUGGAAAAACUGAUCUUCCGGUGGAUGCUUCAGCUUCUGCUGUGUGUUUAAGGGGCUCCAUUGGUUUGGCUGAUUUAAAUGAACCCAUUCACAUUGAAGAAGAAACAGCUCCAUCAUCAAUUGAUUUCCUAGGCCAUCCUUCAGAAAAUGGAGAGGCUAAAGCCAUAAACCAGCAUGCUAAAUCAACUGCUAGUUUUUUAAGUGUAGCUGGAGAACCAGUGCAUGUGCGUGAUGGGACUUCAAUAAAUUCAUCUAUCGAAAGUCAGGUGAAUGACAGGGGAUGGCUCUCCCAUGCAAACAGAGCAGGAUCCUUUAAGGGUAACCUAAGUUCUGUCACACAAACUUGUCAACCGGAUAAGUCACCAUUAUCCUCCCAUCCGGGGCAAGGCACCAUUAACCAGGUUCAUUAUCCUCCUGGAAUGUAUUCAAAUGGUUACAAUAGGGAAGAUAAAUGGAGAGAGGGAUUUCGGCAUGGUUUAGAAUCUUCUGAUGGAUGUUAUAGUCACUCCAAUAAUGGCCAGUUGGAAUCUAUAGCUUCUCGCACUCCUGCUUCUUAUCCAUUCUUUAAUUCGUCGUCAUCUUUUGCCAGUUCGUGGUUUCAAACCGUCUCGUCUUGGGCACAUCCUUCAAGUAGUUUUACUCCCAAGGUAACGACGCUGGAAACUUCUGGAAAUCCAGUCGAAGCAAUUAGUAGGCCUUUGCAGCCUUCUGCUCCGCGCCAGCAAUCUUUUGGCGAAAACUGGCAUGUUAAUGGAGGUUUGGGAAGUGAGUUAAAAUCAAAUGGAUUUUGCCAUGCACCUGCCCCAGCUAAUCAUGGCUUUGCGAGUUUUCCGAAGGGUUUGUAUCAUGCUGAUCCAAAGCCUGCUAUAGAUAUUAACUUGAAUGAAGAAGCACUACCCAAAGGCUUGGCAAAUGAGAAUGUGAUUUUGCAGGAUCUGAAUAUGGAGGAUGGAAUGAGUAAACCUGAAGACAAUCUUCCGGCUUUGCCUUGGCUUAGACCUAAACUCGUGCAUGUUGAUGAGGUUAUAGAUACUAGGAGAUCAGAACUAUCGAGAGAAUUAGGCUACCGUGAUGAUUCUUCCAAUGAAUUGUGUGGCAAGAAUGGAACAGUUAGAGAUCUUAAUCAACUAUUUCCCUCACAACAUAUGUCUACUUCAUGUGAUUCUGACACUAUAAGAGAGAAGGAAGCAGCCGCUCAGCCUCAAGCCGUCAAGAAAAUUCUCGGCUUUCCCAUUUUUGAAAGAGAUGUACGCGAAAAUGAGCUGUCAUCCCUUGCGUCGGCCUCAGUGAAUGUCGAUUGCAGCUCUGAAGGAAGAACAAUGGCCGGUGAUGGGAGAAAGAAUGGCAUAAUUGAUAUAAAUGUAGCGUGUGAGCCUGAUGAACAAAUAGCUGCUGAAGAACCAAUUAUGGAGAAAGGAAACGAGAAAAAGUGCACUCCUAUAAAGGAUCACAUUGAUUUGAAUUCUUGUGUUAGUGACUCUGAAGAUCCUUCACCACCCUGUUAUGAACAGAACAGCCCCAGUGUCAAGAUAACGUUGGAGAUAGAUCUGGAAGUUCCGAUCCUUCCAGAGAGCGAGGAUGAUAGCACGGAGUCUAAAGGGAAAAUGCUCAACGAGGUAUCCUCGCAGCCAUUUGAAAAUCAAAAUAAGGAAAUACAGAAUGAGGUUCUUAGAGAUGCUGCUGAAACUCUAGUUGGCAUCUCGUCGUGUCCAGAGGCCGAGACAGAGGAUAUCGUUGCUCUUCCUUCUGAAGCUUCAUUGGGAGAAGCGCUACUUUUGUUGUCCGAUGCUAUAUCUUCAGAUUCGAAUGAAGUUGUGAAUGCAUCAGUCGGGAAUGAAUCACCCAAGGUGGAUUCAUCCCAGGAGUUGGAUGAUUUUGAGGCUAUGGCAUUGCGGCUAGUUGAAACAAAAGCAAUACACUACAUGCCUACGCCUUUUCUUCCCGAGCUCCAGAAAGUCGAAGACACAGGAGCUCGACCUCUACACACGAGAACUCGUAGGGGUCAUGCAAGGAGAGGAAGACAGUGGAGGGACUUCCAACGAGACAUUCUUCCUGGCUUGGCAUCGCUGUCAAGACACGAGGUGACAGAGGAUCUCCAAAUAUUUGGAGGGAUGAUGAGGGCCACGGGCCACACCUGGAAUUCAGGGUUGGCAAGAAGAAAUGGCACCAGAAACGGGGGUGCUCGAGGCAGGAGACGAGCAGUGGUGGAACCCGUCCCGCCUGCCAUUGCAAGCGUGUUAUGCACUCCAUUGAUACAGCAACUCAGUAGCAUCGAAGCUGGGUUGGAGGACAGAAGCCUGACGGGAUGGGGCAAAACAACGAGACGCCCCCGCCGGCAGAGAUGCCCUGCAGGUAAUCCUCCUGCUGUGGUGAUAACAUAGGAGUAUGGUGGAAAGAGAGGCAUUGCAAUUUCGAAUCGGAGUUUUAUUAUAGAGAAAAUGUCCCAACAUGAAAGUAGUGUAAACCCUUUUUGUGGGAGUGAUGUUGGUUUUGUCUUUGUAAAUGUAGUGAUCGUGAUUUAUGCCCUUUGAUUCAGAAAUAAUGUGGCCCUAUUCGUCUACAUAUAUACACAGCAUUGUUUUCAAUGUCAAAUACAAAUGUUUUUUUCUUC